UGUUCACUAUGUAUAGAUGGAUCGAUCUUACAGAGAGUUACCGCCGCACAGGAUUUACGCCAUUUUCUCCUACUGAUAUCUGAUAUCGACUUCUUCUUCUUCGCUCUGCUCGCCGGUGCGAUCGUCAGUUCGUCGCCGGAGUUGGACUCUAACAAUAUAUUAUUUCUUCAUCACUUUACUCCUCUUCCUCAACACGAAAAUGGAGCAAGAAAACGGGGGAAAUACAUUAACUCCUCCUCCUCCUCCAGAAGUAUCAUCAUCAGUGAAGCGUAAACGAGGCAGGCCCCGUAAAGAGCAGAGCGAAAAGCGCGCGAAGAAAUCCCGAACAGCGGAACCGGCAGCUGUAUCCAACAACGACGGAGUUGGCCAAGAAGUUACAGGGGUAGUGAAUGCAGUAUUCGACGCCGGUUAUCUAAUAACCGUGAGGAUCGGAAACGCGGGCACUGCCUAUAGCGGCGUGGUUUUCAAGCCGGGCAACUACAUUCCUAUCUCGCCGGAAAUCGACUUGGCUCCCAAUGUACAAAUGAUUAGAAGGAACGAAAUCCUAACUGAAAGGAAUCAUCGCGGAAGAAGACCCAAACAAAGGUACGGUGACGAGGAUGACGAGGAGUCGGUUCCUGUCACGGUUCGCGAUUAUAGAGGAGAAUUGAGAAACGGUGAGAGGCAGUUUGGAGGUGAAGCGAAGGAAGCAUAUAAUAAUGAUGAUAAUGUUGUUGUAGCUGGUGGGGGGAAAUCUGAAGAAACUGAGGAUGAGGAGGACGAGGAGGAUGAUGAUAAUAGCGAUACCGUAUCGGCUGAACCUCUUCAAAUAGUUCAUUCGGAUUCGAUAUCAUCUAGGAGUAGCAAUAUGGGCAGAAUGUGUGAGCUUUUGCAGGUAUUGCAGAGGGAGAAUGAGGAAGGAGAUGGUGAUGAUGAGAAGAAGAAAAAGAAGUAGAAAGAAACAUCAUGUGUUUGUGUUUGUGUGUGUUUAAGUAAAUACACAACUCACAGGUAUGAUGAAUGAAGAAGGAAAGAGACCACCCCCCUUUGUUGAUUGAUCAAACUGCUACUCUUUCAAAACUUGUGCUAACUUAAGUAGUCCUUUUUUAUUUCACUUAAACCUAUCUAUCCUUGUUCAUUUUAUUUCUUUCUAAAUUUAAGAUUGAAGCUAUUCUUAAAUAGUAUGUGUGUGUGUGUGUUUUAUUUGGUUAGAGAAUUUGCCUUGCCCCUUCUUGUCUUCAUUAAUUCAAAAGAAAGUGGUUUCAUAGAA